AUGUUUACGCCAAAUAAAGGAGGAUACGGCGGUUCUGAAGAUAUAUCCGACAGUGAAUGGCAAAUCCGGACAGGCCGCGCUAUCUAUAUCCUACAGCAAACGCUUCCUGAUUUCUUCGAUGUUGGCCUUGUCUCAAGCAUAGACCCCACAAAGACGCCGGCUCUCAUUGAUAUUGAUUCCAGAGAAUCGGAUUCGCUGGAGGUGGAAAGCAUUUACAGUCCCAAAGUGAGGUUGACGUACACACCCCCUGUUGCCCUUCCUUCGCCAUUUCCAAGAACACUUGGCCUGGACGGGCUGCCGCUGUACCUGGCUUCAUCUGUCUUUAUCCGACACACAAUGAGAACAUUGUACUCAGACCUUCGGGUAGAGCUACGCAAGGUGGCGGUGCAGGGAUCGCCGUCCGCGCAUUCAGAAGGCGGAAGUCACUCGAAUUACCAGCGAGACAAGAGUCUCCUCAUUGGCCUGGAUGUGUAUGGCACGACACGCGUCAGCGGUGGCGUUGGGCAAUGGCAGAUAGACUCGACAUACAGCUUUUCGCCUAUUUCUGGGCUGAUACAGACGCAUACCAUCAACUCCAUACAUCCAGCGCCGCAUCAGGCUGCAUAUGAUGCGCUAAGAGCGUCGCUCAGUAGUGUAUUCGGCUUCGGCGGGCCUGGGCCAGGGGACAUUCGACCGGGAGAGGUUCGGGCGGUUGAUGGCGAUAAAGAGUGA